CAACGGGAUUCAACGCCGUCAUUACACACAUCUUUUUGUUACGCGGGCGCGACGUCUCACCAUUAUUGGCUUCAACUUUGCGAUCCACCAGCAAGCUGCCCAAAAGACUUGGCUCCGACCUCUUCUAAUUUAAUAACAGGCGCAUAAGGAACGCUUUUCUGGCUUGUCGCCAUGUCGCAAGACAAUGGCAUUUGGAGCGUUCGAAGACCGAGAGAGACUCUAGGGGGCCUCAACUUCAACUCGGGUAUCCCACAGCCGCCGUCCGCCAUAAAGCGAUCGAGCACGAUCGGCAGCGCCAGCCAUGGCCGCUCCGUGUCUGGAUCACGGCAUUCGCUCGCCAUGUCGCGCCCGAACCAGCCCUUAUUCCAGCGCUCCUCGUCCGGCACCAACAUCGCUGACAUCGGCCUCUCAUCGGUCAAGCGCGCUUCCGUUGCGGGCUAUAACCCUCCCAGCUCAGGGGCGCUAAAGGGGUUUCACACCCCCGGCCCAUCCACCGAUAAUGAGCGCCGCAGCAGCAUCUACCGCGCGCGCCCCUCAACGACCGGUGGCCCCAUGGGCGGGCAUCAGAGCUUCUUCCAGCAAGCGCCGCAGGCAGCAGGUGUGCCACGAGACCCCCGGCCGCUCAAAGACAGGUCAUACCAGAACCGGCUCGGGCAGGAGCUGGUCGAGUAUCUGGCCAAGCACAACUUUGAGAUGGAGAUGAACCACAAACUGUCAGAUAAUUUCACCAAGUCGCCAACGCAAAAGGACUUCAACUACAUGUUCCAAUGGCUGUACCACCGUAUCGACCCCAGUUAUCGCUUCCAGAAAAACAUCGAACAGGAGGUGCCACCACUGCUAAAACAGCUGCGGUACCCCUACGAAAGGAGCAUCACCAAGAGCCAGAUUGCGGCGGUGGGAGGGCAGAAUUGGAGCACCUUCCUUGGGCUAUUGCACUGGAUGAUGCAGCUGGCGCAAAUGUUGGAGCGGUAUUCGCUCAACCAGUACGACGAUGCGUGCUUGGAGGCAGGGGUCGAUGUCGCGGGUGAUAACAUUAUCUUCGAUUUUCUGACGAACGCCUACCAAGACUGGCUAAACAUGGACGACGAGACCGGGGAUGAGGACGUGGAGAAGGCACUGCAACCACACAUUCAGGCGAUGGCUCGGGCAUUUGAGCGCUCCAACGCCAAAUACAUCCAAGAGAUGGAGAUGCUCGAGGGCGAGCAUGCGCGCCUGAAAAAGGAAAUCGAGGACCUCGAAAAGUCGACACCGGACCCGGCCGUCCUAGACAGCCACUUCAAGAUCAUGGAGGAGGACAAGGCCAAGUUUGAAGAGUACAACACAGUGGCCACACAGCGAUCGGAGAAGUACGAGGGACGCAUCCAAGUCUUGCAGGAGGAGCUUGACAGGCUCCAAGGGGAGCUGAAGGAAGCUGAGGAGGAGCGGCGCCGGCUCAAGGAGGCUGUGGACGACCAGGGGAUCAGCAUGCAGGAUAUCGACCGCAUGACUGCCGAGCGGGAACGUCUCCAGAAGAGCAUCGAGUCGGCAGAGCAGCGGUUAGAGGACGUCAAGCGAAAGGUGGCGGAGAGGGAGAUGGAGGCUAGCCAGCGACUGGACGAGCUCGAGCGUAUGGUCGACCGGUACAAUACAGUAGCAUACCAGAUCGCCCUGAUCCCCCCCACAGCAGCCAAUGCCAAGGGCCAGGACUACGAGCUGCAGGUCACCGUCAACGAAGGUCCCAACUUCACGUCUUCCCAGAUGCAGGGCUCGUACGGGCCCGGCGAGAGCGACCGGCUCCUCGCCGAUGCGACUACGGGCUACCAGCCGGCGCACAUCCUCAAUCUGGACCUCAGGGGGCAGGUUAAGAACAGCUUCCUGGCGCUGCGCAAGGAGAUCUCGGAGAGGCGCAAGGCGGCGCUCGACGCCAUGAUGGAGGACCACGACCUGCUGGAUCGGGCCAAGGAGGCCAUCGAGGACAAGCGGAACGAGGUUGAGGCGCUCGAGCACCGCGUCCGCGCUGCCGAGGAGGAGUACGAGAAGACGAAGGAGGUGACGAUGGCGCAGAAGCUCGCGUCGGACGCUCAGAUCGAGAAGAUGGAGAAGGAGCUGGCCAAGAUGCGGGCGCAGUUGUCCGAGUCGGUGCAGCUCAUGGAGCAGAGGGAGAUGAAUACCAAUAUUGAGUAUGAACAACUGACGCUGCGAGCGAAUGCGCUGCGCGAGGAGCUGCACACCGAGACUAUGCGCAUGCUCAACGACGUCAUCAAGUUUAAGAUGCACAUCCAGAAGAGUCUAGAGGAGUAUGAGAGCUUUGUGGCGGACGAGUUGGAGAAGGAGCUGGGCAGCGACGAGAUGAGAGAUGAUACCCAAGCCUUGGAUGCGUGAUGUCUUCCUGUUUUUACUUGGAUUGUUUGGUUAUGUCUGUAUGUCACCAGUGACGUCGAGGGAGUUCUUUUGUUUUAAUGCGUAUGGCAGGGUUGGGGCGGGGGUUGUUGGCGCAGGUAGAAUGGUUGGGAAGGGGGGGAGGGAAUGGUGUAUCCAUGGAUGUUUGGGUAUGGAAACAGGCAAUAUUGUCCGUCCUGUGGGUUUUGAGUCUCCAAAUCCAAAUGUAAGAGGCAGACCAGGGAGCAAGGAGGGCAAAUACCACUUAUCACCCAAGUCUCCCAUUGGGCUGAGCGCACAAGUUAACACCACUGGAAG